AGUAAGGGCCCGGGAAGAGGGGCGGAGCUGACGCGACAGGCCCGGCUGGGUUAACCGUCUUCCUCUCGAGGUAUCGGAGCUGCUUGAGCUCGGAGGGGGCCCUUGAGUAUUGCGGCUCUGGCUUUGCAGUUCUUGCAGCCGGAGAAGGCCUCCAGCCGAGCUUCCUGGGCCUGAGAAACGUUCCUCCUCCUACCAGCUCCGGCCCUCCCCAUUCGGCGCACACCUCCCUUCCUGACGCAUUUUGCCGCACAAGCUGUAAUAUGGCGGCAGCGACGGCGGCCUGAGCUCUAGGGAGCCAGGGUGAUUCUUGGUGCUUCAAAAUUGUAAGACUGAGCACUGCUGCGGGGUUGAAGUAUUGGAGCCAUGGGAAUAAAAGUUCAGCGUCCUCGAUGUUUUUUUGAUAUUGCCAUUAACAAUCAACCUGCUGGAAGAGUUGUCUUCGAAUUGUUUUCUGAUGUGUGCCCUAAAACAUGCGAGAACUUUCGUUGUCUUUGUACAGGUGAAAAAGGUACAGGGAAAUCAACUCAGAAGCCAUUACAUUAUAAAAGUUGUCUUUUUCACAGAGUUGUCAAGGAUUUCAUGGUUCAAGGUGGUGACUUCAGUGAAGGAAAUGGACGAGGAGGGGAAUCUAUUUAUGGAGGAUUUUUUGAAGAUGAGAGUUUUGCUGUUAAACACAACAAAGAGUUCCUCUUGUCAAUGGCCAAUAGAGGGAAGGAUACAAAUGGUUCCCAGUUCUUCAUAACAACUAAACCAACUCCUCAUUUAGAUGGGCAUCAUGUUGUUUUUGGGCAAGUGAUCUCUGGUCAAGAAGUUGUAAGAGAGAUAGAAAACCAGAAAACAGAUGCAGCUAGCAAACCAUUUGCUGAGGUACGAAUACUCAGUUGUGGAGAACUAAUUCCCAAGGCUAAAGCUAAGAAAGAUGAAAAGAAAAGGCAUAAAUCCUCCUCCUCCUCCUCCUCAUCCAGUGACUCAGAUAGCUCCAGUGAUUCUCGGUCCUCUUCUGAUUCUUCUGAUUCUGAAAGUGCUUCUGAAGAGAAAUCAAAAAAAAGAAAAAAGAAACAUAGAAAAAAUUCCCGAAAACACAAGAAAGAAAAGAAGAAGAGAAAGAAAACUAAGAAAAGUGCAUCUAGUGAAAGUGAGGCUGAAAAUCUUGAAGCACAACCCCAGUCUACCGUACGUCCGGAAGAGAUCCCUCCUAUACCUGAAAAUAGGUUCCUAAUGAGAAAAAGUCCUCCUAAACCUGACGAAAAGGAAAGGAAAACCAGAGAGAGAGAGAGAGAAAGAGAGUGUAAUCCACCUAACUCCCAGCCUGCUUCGUAUCAGAGGCGACUUUUAGUUACUAGGUCUGGCAGGAAAAUUAAAGGAAGAGGACCACGGCGUUAUCGCACUCCUUCCAGAUCCAGAUCAAGGGAUCGUUUCAGACGUAGCGAGACCCCUCCACAUUGGAGGCAGGAGAUGCAGAGAGCUCAAAGAAUGAGAGUAUCAAGUGGUGAAAGAUGGAUCAAAGGGGAUAAGAGUGAGUUAAAUGAAAUAAAAGAAAAUCAAAGAAGCCCAGUUAGAGUAAAAGAGAGAAAAAUAACUGAUCAAAGACAUGUGUCUGAGAGUCCAAACAGAAAAAGCGAAAAAGAAAAGAAAGUUAAAGAUCAUAAAUCUAGUAGCAAAGACAGAGACAUCAGAAGAAAUUCAGAAAAAGAUGAUAAAUAUAUUAAAAACAAAGUGAAGAAAAGGGCCAAAUCUAAAAGUAGGAGUAAGAGCAAAGAGAAAUCAAAGAGUAAGGAAAGAGAUUCAAAGCAUAAUAGACAUGAAGAGAAGAGGAUGAGGUCAAGGAGUAAAGAAAGGGAUCAUGAGAAUGUUAAAGAAAAAGAAAAGCAGUCUGAUUCUAAAGGAAAAGAUCAGGAAAGGAGUGGAAGUAAAGAAAAACCUAAACAGAUAGAAUCAAAAAGUAACGGGCAUGAUCAUAAUAAAAGUAAAGAAAAGGAUAGACGCGUGCAGUCUAGGAGUAGAGAGCGUGAUAUAACUAAAGGCAAACACAGUUACAAUAGUAGAACAAGGGAACGAAGCAGAAGUAGGGACAGGAGCAGAAGAAUGCGCUCUAGAAGCCAAGACAGAGAUCGCAGCCGAAGCAAGGAGUACCAUAGAUACAGAGAACGGGAGUACAGGAGAAGAGGAAGGUCACGAAGCAGGGAGAGAAGAGCAACACCAGGAAGAUCAAGAAGUAAAGAUAGGAGAAGAAGAAGGAGAGAUUCACGAAGCUCGGAGAGAGAAGAAAGUCAAAGCAGAAACAAAGAAAAAUACAGAAACCAAGAAAGUAAGACUUCACACAGAAAAGAAAAUUCUGAGAGUGAGAAAAGAAUGUACUCUAAAAACCGUGAUCAUAAUAGCUCAACUAAUAACAGGGAAAAAAAGGCUGAUAGAGAUCAGAGUCCAUUCUCAAAAAUAAAACAAAGCAGUAAGGACAAUGAAUUGAAGUCCUCCACGUUGAAAACCAAGGAGGAUGGGAAAACCAGAUCCUCAGUGGAAAAAGAAAUCAACCAAAAAUCAAAGGGUCAAGAAAAUGACCACAUACAUGACAAAAAUAAAAAAUUUGAUCAUGAAUCAAGCCCUGGAACAGAUGAAGACAAAAGUGGAUAAGCAAGUUGUAUAAACUUAUUUCCAUUCUGUCUCAAAUUUUAAGUUUUAGAGACUUGCUGAUAAAUCUUUAUGUUGUUUUCCUCUUCAUUCUUUUAUGGGUUGUUUUAUGUUUGUCUUUUUUUUUUUUUAAUGUGGACUUCAUUUAGUUGAUCUUUUGAUAAUCUGCAACCUGGAUAAUUUGUACUGCUAAAGUUUUAAUAAACUUGAAAUGAGAAAAACACUUUGUGUAAUACUGUGUGCUGUGUUUGACUAUUUCAUGGAUGCAUUUUUGUGUUGCAACAAUUAGCCAGUAGCAAACAUGCUGUGCUAUACCCUGAUUUGUUUAUCAACCACUUGAAAACAGGCAUAACUGAUUGUUGCAAUACAUUGUUACAAAAGCUUGUGUUUCUCAUUUUAAAGUAAGUUGGAAGCCACUGGGUAGAAGAUAAUCUUGUAUAGAUUUUGAUGGCACUUAUAAUAGAGCCUUGCCACAGUUUCUUUUAAUUACGCAAAGCAGGAUCCUAAUAACUUGAGCUCAGUCAUCGCUUUUGAUUUUAUAGUCUUUUUUAUUUAAAUAGAUAAAUAUGUAAUUAUUUACAUUGCAUUUCAUAUCUGAUUCUUUCAAACUAGCUUGUUUCACGUCAGUGGUUUUCCUAUCGAAUUUAGUUUUAUUUAACUGUUCAUAAAAAUAGUUCCAAGUUUUUGUUUUUCAGUUGAUGUACUGAUUGAGCUUGACUUGCUGUUAUACAGCAUUUGACAGGACUAUACCUUGGAAGAUCAGAUUUUAAUUCUCAAUUCUGUGUUACUGCUUUAGUGUUUUUUUGUUUUUUUUUUAAUCAGUAUUACCCUUUUCUAAAAUUAAAAAAAAAAAAAUCUUACUAAAACUUACCACUUGUACAAGUCUUUAAGUUAGGCAGAUUCUAAAAAUCAUUAAUAUUGACAUGUUAACUCCCAAGAUUUCUUUUUUGGCCACGAACCUAUAAUAGAAUUUAGUGUUACUUCUGCAUGGUUUUAUUUUUUAGUUGACCUGACUCUCAUAGUUGUGAGUUUCAAAUGGCAGGAAAAUGUAUUUUUUUCUAUCUAUAUAUAUAUAUAUCGUGAUAGGCUUCAUAGCAUGUUUAUUGACUCUGGUUUCUGUUCAGGCGGCUUUAAACUAUUAUUGUUAACACUGUUUUAACUUGGCAUGUAUGACAUUGCCACAUAGAUAAAGUAGAAAGUUGCAAAAUUUGAUAACUAAAGAUACCCAAAAGUCGUUUAGAUUUUGUGUGUUGGAUUUCACUAUUUUGUGAUGUGUGGCCUUUUAUUCUGUAAUUCCUCUUCUAAAUAAAACAUUGAACAUCCAGCAAAUACAAAACCUGCCUCAUUUUAAAAGAAAUUACAGAAUUCCUAUUAAUAGUAGUCUAGGGUAUUUCCUACUUUAAUAUUUGCCACUAUAGUGUCACCUGUAUUACCAAGGUAGCUUCUUGAUAAACCCAGUAGCUACUCAGAGCUGAUUGUACUGAAUAAAGCAGUGCUUAACAUAAUACUUCUCAUUAUUGAUUAAUACAGUAAUGAUACAUUUGGCAUUGCAAUAGUUGUUUACAGAAUGAAUUGGAUAAUGAAGAUAAGAUUUGUUUAGCAUAUCUUAAAACAAAUAUCCACAGUGCAGUCUUUCCAAAACUUCUUCCUGACAAUAAAAGUAAUAGAUGUAUAUUAUAAUCCAGGGAGUUUGAUUCUUUAGGGACUUUGACCACAAACCCACUUUAGGGAUAGUUGAGUCUGAGUGCCCAAGCUGUAUAAUCUGUUAAAUAUUUUAAACUAGUUAUUGCUUGUCUUAAAUUCAGUAAACUGCAUUUUUAAAAUCUUUGUGAUAAACUAUUUGAGCUUCAAGAAAGGUGCUAUUUAAGAAAGGAUUUCUAAUAUAUUUUUUAAAAGCCCAUGCUAAGUAAAACACUUCAUACUGUCUGAUCCGAGAGCUUUAUCCACCAAGGAUUACAGACAAGUACUCUAAAUCUUAGAGUUUUCAAAAGUAACCAUAGUGAAAAAAAAAAAAAUAAGUACCUUGUAUGAACAGUAUUCUUAUGUUUUGGCUAUCAAAAGAGCAGCUCCAUGUUAAGCAUUAUUUAUAGUCUCCCCCCCCCCCCUUUUUUUCUUUAAGGUUUGUUAGCAGUUGUAACAGUAGAACAGAUGUGUGGUCAAGGAGUUCAGAUGAAAGGUGAGAACCAACUCGAUUUUAUUUUCAGAAUAUAAGGAAUGUUUAGAAAGUGAUUAACAUUAACUGUACCUCAAGAUCUGCAUCUGAAUAGUGCACAGCUCAAAUGGUCUUAUCCUUUUAUUAUAUUUUAAUAGUUGUGCCAUCUUUAUUUUUUACUUUAAGCGUACUGUUUUCCUAAAAAUCAACUAUUCUUCCCUGUUAAAUUGAUUUUAUAGUGCUUUAUGUCUGAGCUGACAGUUUAUUUCAGUGUAUCUUUGACUUAAUAUCCUUUUAAGAAGUUUUGUUUAAAUUGGUUUGUAUUUGUUGCUCAGUUGCUGAUAUCUGAAAAAUUUUUCAGGAUACAGAAUUUUUAUGAUUAUUUUGUGUAAAAUAUUUUUCUGGGUAAGCUAUCUGCCACAGAAAUUGACAAUACAGAGAAAUUAAUAAUGAGCAGUAGAGAGGUUACUGAAUUGCUUUCAAACUAAAUGGCCUUUGAUCUUUUGCCCAGUGAACAGUGUGAAGGUAAAACAAGUAAAUAUUCCUUCGAUGUAAGCAGGCACACAUUUGGUUUCUGGAAUUUUGAGCAAGUGGUAUUCACUGGUAAUUCUAAUUUAUUUUCAAGUUAGUAUAUAAAACUUUUUUUGUUUGUUUUUUUUAAAGUAGGGCUUCACACUCCAGGUAAUAAUUUUCAUCACACUUUGAACUUUUUAAUAAAAAAUUUCUGUAGAAACCUGUUCAGUGUGCCUGCACCAAAAGGUCCUUUAAAUAUACAUCAUACACCUGGUUGCUGUAAAGAACCAUAAAAUGGGUAUUUUUUUGUCUCUUUUUGAUCUUUUUUUUUUAAUGAUUCAGUUUGUGAUUCAUACUUUCACAGUUGAGCAAACUCUCCAAGGAUUGUAGGUUGAUGCCCUGUUUGUUGUGAAAAGAUCUGUUUUGUUAUAACUUGUUUUAAAAAAAUGAAUAAAGAUAAGCCCCAGCAAAUGCAUCAGUGGCUGGCACACCUGUCCAUGGUGACUUCCCUGCUGCUUUUUAAAGGACUUGGGGAAAAUGUAAACUCUUUGGCCUGUGGUGUGACACGAGAUGGAAAUAUUAAAGGAAAAGAUAAAUCACAUGAAUAAGAAAAUUCAUAAGCAAGGUUGGAGAAGGAAAUUGAGAUUUUUUUAUCUUUGUGCAAGAGGGAGUGGGGGUGUUGAUUUGUGUUUCUGCCUUUUUUUUAAAGCAAAUUUCAUACGUUAUCCAAAGCACACACUGUAUAUUUUCUUCCCCUUUUAUGUGUUUAUAGUAUUUUGAAAGAUUGAUAAAUGAAUUGGGUAUUUGUAUGUAGGGAUGUGAAAGAUUCUGUGGCUGAUCUCUUUGUGGAAGGGAAAACAAAUGAAGAUAAUGCACUUCCUUUUCCAAGCUCAAAAGUCACUGUGAUGUAUAUUUUUUUAAUGAAAUUUAGAAAUAAAGCUGUUGUCUUCUCAAUUAUAAAGUUAGUUUCAAAUGCUGCUUCUCUUAUCAUUAGUAACUGUUGAACUGUUUUCAGCAAACUGCAUUUUACAAAAUUUAAACUUCAAAAACUGUAUUAACUUUUAUAGUUAAUGUAUUAAAUAAAAUACUAUAAUAAACAGUUUGUUCUUUGUAUUUUUUAAAUUACUGUUGUAUUAGUUAUUCAACCUUUAUUUUUAUUAAAUGCCAGAUAAUGGAGAUAAGUAAAAAUACUGUUUUAUUUUACCCAUUGGGGAUAUAGAAUUAUUUGUAUUAAAAGAAAACUGAACAAAGAGUUUCACAAUAAGCUUCUGUAAGACUCCAACCAGCAGUGAGAAUUUCCAGAAAGCAGUUUGGGACUAAAUUCUAGUAUCAAUGUUUAUUCAUAGUGCUUCAGGUUUCAGUGUGUCUUUUGCCUCAGCAAACUUUUAAGAUAAAACUUGGGGUCUGCAUUACUAUCAACUGGAAUACUACCAUUUGCUUCUUAAGUCCUCUGAAUUUCUCAGCAUUGGAAACACUAAUAUAUCCUGUGACUGCUAGUUUAAAUAUAGCACUUAUUGUAAAGCCAUAUAAAUAUUGACUUUUGUAAAACAAAUUGAUGGUGUAAUUUGGGGUUUUUUUUUUUUUUUUUUUGAGGAGGGGUUGGUUUUGUUUUUACUUAGACAUAUUUAGAGAAAAUGUACCUAUUUAAUGUGAGAGAUAACUAGCCACUGAAAAUACAUGCCUAGGUAAAAAUGUUCUGACCAUUCAAUGGUCUGUAUAUGUUAAUAGGUGAAUAUUGUUAAUAAACUCUCAAAUUCUGGAGUGUUUUUAAGUAUCUCAUAGCCAAGAGGAUAUGUAAAAUGUGAGUGCUUUAUAUGGACUUUGCAAUUGUGUAUUAAAAAUACUUUUAGCAUCAGUUUGCUUUUUCUAUUUUGAUUGCUUUCUAGGUUUUUUUUUUCCUAGACAUAUUUCCUAACAAUGUUUUUUUUAAAUGCUAAUUUAUCAUUUUUACUUCUUUUUUUUCCCCUCAAAACCUUAAUACCCUAAGUGUCUUGGUUCCAGUUUACAUCUUUGCCACAAAUUUUGGCUGUGGGUUUCUUUUAUCAGACUAGCAGAUUAGAGCAGUUGUAUUUCCACUGCUUUCAGUGUGCUAUGUCACUCAGUUCUUUUCACUGAAUUGUUUUGUGUUAAACAGAUAGCCCCCCCCCCUUUCUUUAAUGUAGUCAAUUCUAGUAGAAAGCUCAGCAAAACUGAAAGUAAAAUAAUGAAAUUGUGUAAGGGAGAAAAACUAAAUAACGUUCUUUUAUGCUAAUCUUCACCCAGCUAAGUUGGUGGUAAAACAGAUUUUUUUAAUUAACCAUUUUUUAGAAACUGAUUUCCUGUUUUAUAAUGGGUAAUAACCUUAUCCAGAACUACUAGUCAUUCUCAACAUAAUACAUUUCAUCUCUUAAAACUUAAUUUAAAGGAAAUGGUAAAGGUUCCAACUUUCUUGGUUUAUUAUGCCCUUGUGUUCGGUGAUUUUUAUGUGGUAUCCCUAGGCCAAAAGAAAUACCUAACGGUUCUGUUUAUUAAGUAGUGAAGUUCAAAUGGCUGAAGUAUUUAAUUUCUAACAACAUAGUAACUAUUUGAAAAUUGAAAUAAAACAAAAAACACUUAUUCUUAAAUAACCACAACUAUUUACUAAUGGGAUAUAUGUAACACUUGGUCAUUGUACAACUUUUCAACCUUAGAAUCAGAUUGGACACCACUUUUCCUGUGCUACAGUGAUUUUCAUCCAGUACUUUAGUUUUAUCCCGGCGACUGUUGAAAAUCCACCUUAAAGAUGUCAUUGAAAGGAAUAGGGCAUUCAGUGUGUUGAAACUGAACUGCCUUAAAAAAAAAAAAAAAAGCCUAAAGC